AUGUCUGACAAGAGCUACUCGAUCAAGAGCUUUGGCACCAACAAGGAUGGCAAUCACUACUGUGCUCGAGAUUAUGGCUACGGCAGUGAUGUUGCUAAUUCCAAUACGUAUCACUACUCGAACCGCGACGGUUCCUACUACUACUCUAACCCCAAUGGCUCUACCUACUAUAACAACGGUCAAGGGGGGUCCACUUACACCUCUCCUGCUGGCUACAAACGCUCUUCGGGCUACGGAGGCCAGAAGUGA